AAGAAAGAUGAGAGGACAUUGGCUUUGGACUCCAGCCCAGACAAGGCAUCCACCUCACUUCCUAAAAAGAGAAAGCUGCAGAUGGCAAGCCCCCUGAAAAAAGCUGCUUUGGAGCUUCAAAAGUUGAGGGGCAAAGUUGAACUGAUGGAACAAAAGAUCAAAAUGCUGGAACAAGUGAAUUCGGAUCUGAAGGAUGACAAAGAAUUUUUGCUCAGCCAGAUAAAAUCAUCGGCUCCUCAGCUGAAGAGGCAAACCAUUCAGACUUCAUCAGAUGAUGAAUCGAGCACAUCAUCAUACACGUCCAGUUCUUCAGAGGAGGUGCCAAAAAAGAAAAAGAAGAAAAAGUCUUCUCGUGGAUGUGAUAACGAGAGUCUUCAACUUGGCAACAGCAGGACCCGUAUGAAGACGAUUGAAGGGGUCAUAAAACGCUAUAAGCUGGCACUGAAGUCGUACAGAAGAUGUGGCUCGAUGAAGAGGGCGUUUGAAAAGCAAAAUGUCGACAGAAACACGAUUGUGCGAACUGCUCCAAUUGCAGAGCUUUACAUAGCAUUUCCAGAUGCCUUUGCUGCUUUGCCAGAAUGGAAUGACACUGUUGAGAAGAUGUCAGCAUAUGCUGAACGUUGUAGGCAAGCAAUUACUAGUGACAUGGCUCAGCAAAUUCUAGAAAUGAAAAAGAAACACCUCCUUCUACCAAUUGUGUAUAAGCUCACGUAA